AGGAUCUUGGCUCAAAACAUCUCAGCCACGACCCGCCCACAGCGCUCGAGGCCCACUCGGGCGCGAGCUGCUGCCGCCACCGGCUUGGCGACCAGAGGACACCCCCGAGGAACGAGAACGGUUCCGAGCGGGCUAUCAACGGCUGGCAGAGCUUCGAGAACAACGUGCUGAACGACUACGACGGCAGCCACAGGGACAUCGGCUACCACGAGUGGAUCCAGCCCCAGCCCCCUCGAGGGCAGAACGCGUGCUUGAGAGCACCACAUCGCGGGUGACAGCCGCGAGCACACCCCUUCUCCUUCGACGGCCCCCAGUUGCGGCAGUUGCUGAAGAUGGCGAGCAAGGCGGCGGCGGCUCGGCCGCCCGCGUGGCUCCUGAAGGGCUCCUGCCCUGCCUCCAGCACUUCUGGGAGCGACGGUUUGGCUCCGCCGCCCGCCAAGAACCCGCGCAAGGGCGACAAGGACGGCGACCACGUCAUGGGGGAGGUGGACCCGCUGAAGGAGAAGGGCGGCAAGAGCGGCGGCAAGGGCGGCAAGAGCGGUCAAGGGCGCCGAGGCGGCAGGAGGCGCAGACGCGGCAACCACAGCGAGAAGAAUUGGACAUCGAAAGACCAGAACUUGAUGCAGUGCCUGGCGACGCUGACGAAGCUCACGCUUCAAACGGCGUUCAAGCAACGACUGACAUCGGCCACGACGAUCGACAUGCUCACGAUCCCCGAGACGCACCGCGUGGUCCACAGGCUCGAGGCGGUGAUGAUCGAGUACCGCAAGAAGGUGGAGGCAGCCCGCCCGAGCGGCGCCGAGGCGCUGCGAGAGGUGGGCUCGCCAGUGGCGAGCCUCGUGGUCGGCCUUCUAGAGAGUCUGAUGGAGUGCGACAUAAGUGGAAAAGCGAAGGCCGACCUCGACAAGUACGUGGAACAAAUCAUACCAGUCAAUGGAGAGGAGCCGCCGAUCACGAGAACCCACCUGGAGCUGGACGCGGCGGCCAUCCGCAUCGAGAGAUGCUUCGACGAGGAGAAAGUGAAGCUCCAGGUGGCAGCGCCAGUGUGGCCCAUGCGGGGCACGGUCACGAACGCCUUCAUCUCGGAGGGAGUGGCCCUGCGCCACACUGGUGUGGCCCCGCCUGGAUUGCUGGAAGACGAGAUGGCGUCGUGGCUAGAGGUGCUAACCCAGUAGUGUUUGUACAAGGAGAGACUAUCGGGGGCACGGCACCUAACCCUCCCACGCCCCUGCCUCCCCCCGCCAUUGACCCGAUCGGCUCCGAAGAUGAGUAUUGCCCAGUCGAGUUCGAUUGAGGCGUUGCUGACAGCAUUGGCUGCCUGGCCAGCUGAAUGCAUACCUGUCCCCUUUCCCAGCCUCUCUAGUGCCGUGAUUAUGUGCAGAUAGCUCUGUCCCAGAGGCGUGCGUGCCUCUCCCCUCGUUUGCAGCCUGCCUCCGCCGCGCCCGAGCUGCAGCAUCGAUCGAGCGUGCGCACCAGCCUGCAUAGCUGACCAGGACAGGAUCCGCGAGAGUGCGGUCCAGCGACGCGCCCCACAAGCCUCACAUGUACUCCCAUCAGUCGGCACACAGCCCCACUCGCCGAG